AAAGCGGCUGUCAGGGCGUAUCAGCUCUGAUGGCUCUCUCCUUUUUCCUCCAAAACAGUCAGUGUAAUCGAGAGCUGAAGACGAUCUAGAAACCUGGCAGAUGCAGGAUGUAAGAACUAAACAGCUACAAAAAGAAGAAACAAAACAACCUCCGGGUGUAUUUAGUUAAAGAGCAUAUUAUUCUCUUUGACUUGAGGCGGAAUCCUCUUCAACACCACGCAGACUGUCAUCUCCUGGAGGACAGACCUGUCUCCUGUCCGAGCUCCCAAACCCCAGCCUGAGACGCACCGACCUGGAGCUCAGAGGACAAAGGUCUCGUCGUUUAUGAAGCAGAGGUUUCCACAAACUGCGAUGUGCCAUCACUGAACAUGAGUCUUGUGGGAGCGCUUGAGGAACCGGACGAGCUGUAAACCAUGCCGGGUCAGGUCCCGGGGGACCCGGGGGUCCACAUGGAUGACGGCGCGGCCAUCCGCAUCAACGUGGGCGGCUUCAAGCAGCGGCUCCAGUCCGACACUCUCCUCCGCUUCCCCGAGACGCGGCUGGCGCGCCUGCUCCAGUGCCGCUCCAAGGAGUCCAUCCUGGAGCUCUGCGACGACUACGACGACACGGAGAAAGAGUUUUACUUCGACAGGAACCCGGCACUCUUCCCUUACGUGCUGAACUUCUACAACACGGGCCGGCUGCACGUCAUGGCCGAGUUGUGCAUCUUCUCCUUCAGCCAGGAGAUCGAGUACUGGGGCAUCAACGAGUUCUUCAUCGACUCCUGCUGCAGCAGCGCCUACCACUGCAGGAAGAUGGACCGGGACCGGGAGGACUCGGAGGAUAGGAGCGAUGAAGGAAGCACCACUUCAUCCUUUGACGACCUGCUGGAGUUUUACAACGACGCGUCCAAGUUCGACAAGCAGCUGCUGGGCAGUGCGCGCAGGCGCGUCUGGCUGAUGCUGGACAACCCGGGUUACUCGGUGUUCAGCCGCAUCAUCAGCAUCCUCUCCAUCCUGGUGGUGCUGGGCUCCAUCACCACCAUGUGCAUGAACAGCAUGGAUGAGUUCAGCCUGCUGGACAGCGAGGGUCAGCCCCUGGAGGACCCUCGCUUCGAGACGGUGGAGCACUUUGGCAUCGGCUGGUUCACCCUGGAGCUGGUGGCCCGGUUCCUGGUGGCCCCGGACCUCCUGCACUUCUUCGAUCACCCUCUGAACGUGAUCGACCUGGUGUCCAUCCUGCCGUUUUACCUGACUCUGGUCAUCAACCUGGUGGUGGAGAGCAGCCCGGCCCUGGCCAACCUGGGCCGGGUGGCGCGGGUGCUGAGGCUGAUGAGGAUUUUCCGCAUCCUGAAACUGGCCCGUCACUCCACGGGGCUGCGCUCCCUGGGGGCCACCCUCAAAAACAGCUACAAAGAAGUGGGCCUUCUGCUCCUCUACCUAGCCGUCGGGGUGUCCUUUUUCUCCGUCAUGGCCUACACUGUGGAGAAGGAAGAUAGUGAGGAUUUCUCGACCAUCCCGGCGUGUUGGUGGUGGGCCACGGUCAGCAUGACCACCGUGGGCUACGGGGACGUGGUGCCCGUCUCCAUCGCCGGCAAGCUCACCGCCUCAGCGUGCAUCCUGGCGGGGAUCUUAGUGGUGGUGCUUCCCAUUACGCUGAUUUUUAACAAAUUCUCCCUUUUCUACAAGAGACAAAAGCAGCUGGAGGUGGCCAUGAGAAGCUGUGAUUUCAACGAGGGGAUCAAAGAAGUGCCCUCUGUUAACCUGAGGAACUAUUACGCACACAAAGUGAAAUCCCUCAUGGCGAGCUUGUCAAACAUGAGCCGAAGUUCCCCCAGUGAACAGAGUCUGAACGAGUCUUUACACUGAAGCAGGCCGAGGCCACGUGGGCCUCAGCUCGCUGGUGCGCAUGCGCGGGGAGCUGUCCAGGGAGCUGUCCAGGGUGCUGACGGCCCUGGGCCCAGAUCCGUCUCCUGCUGUAGCCCUGUACAAUAACGUGUUGAUCUAUUUGUCCAUCACAGUACAGUGAAUGACGUCUCACCUGCACUAUCACGGUGUUUCAACGAAUAAAAAACGAAUGAAGGUGUCUUAGAUAGUGCCACACCAAAUCCCUUCAUCCAGCUAUAGUUGUCAUGAUGAAAUAUGUCUGAAGUAACACUUGACUGUAUCCGUUUAAAGGAGACUUGUUUUGUCAAAGUGAUGUUGAAACAAUACAGUACUUCAGGUGUAUGGUUAAAACUGAAUGCAUUAAAGACAAAAA